CAUUUAUUGUUUCACAAAUAUUUUGUGGCCUUUCUCCAUUUUUACCAACCCACCAAUACAUAUGUACCAUCGACAACAUUAUCAUUGAUACCUUCCUUACUAUAAAUCAUAGGCAUAAGUACCUGAAAAACUAGUUUUUAGACAAAUAAUAGUAAACUAUCAUAUAAGCUGAUAUUAAUAUUUAUAUAAGUACUAAAUUACAACGUCUUCAAAAUAAACAAGAUGAUACUCUGGUUUAAACCCAAACAUUUUUAUAGAUUUGAAAUCCUUACAUAUAAAAUUCUUCCAUUAUAUUAUUUCUAAUUUUCUAAAAUCGACAAAUUUUAAUUUUUAAAAAUGAAUAUGAUUAAUUAAGGCAUAGAAAGCGAGGUGGACUGGUGGAAGCUGUUCCUUCGGAUACGUUGCCCAUCAAUCGUUAGCCACAAGACUCCCAAGUUCGGCACACCAACGUCGAUCGCCGUCUUCCGUCGAACUCUCAAUCCUCUGCUAAACACUUUGGGCAUGACGACAAGCCUCCCAUGGCACCCUCUACUCUCGUCGAAAACCCAACGCUUUCAUCCUUCCACCAACAAAUUGUUUCCCAAUUCGCCGAGACCUAAUUCAAUCAGAGUACAAGCUUUUAGGCGUAGCGAUUUUGAUGGCUUUGCAAAGCGAAUGGCCUCAGGCGAAGCCUGGAGAGAUGCCUGGCGUAGCGCUAAUAACGGUUUUGAGCAGAUCCUUUACGAGACGAAGAAAACCGCCGAGCGCAUCGACCGCCAGUAUUCUGUUGGUCGCCGACUUUCCUCAGUCGCACAAUCAGCUUCUGACCGUGCCAGGGAGCUCGACCGUGAUUAUAUGAUAACACAGCGGUGGCGCACAUUUACUCUCGAUUUCAGUCAAAAUUGGCCCAGGUACAGGAAGCAGUUUAGCGAUUUCCUUGAUACUCCAUUAGGAAGAAGUUUUGGGACUAUCUUCUUCCUAUGGUUUGCUCUUUCUGGAUGGCUGUUCAGGAUUCUGAUAUUUGCAAUAUGGGUACUACCAUUUGCAGGCCCUCUACUUAUUGGCGCUGUUGCCAAUAAUCUGGUGAUUAAGGGUUCAUGUCCUGCUUGUAAGAGGCAGUUUAUGGGAUACAAAAACCAGAUGGUGAGAUGUGGUGGGUGUGGGAACAUUGUAUGGCAACCAAAAGGAGAUUUUUUUACAAAACGUGGGAAUUCUGCUUCUUCUUCUUCUUCAUCUUCAAAGUCUGGACCAGAGAUAAUAGAUGUUGAGUUUGAGGAGAAAUGAAGAAUGUUUACUGGUUGUGUUGUGUGCAUACAAGAUGGAGUGUUUGGCUUAUAAGCUAUUAGCCAAUAGAGCGAGAGUUUUUGUUUAGACUCUGCCUACAAGUAUCAUAAUCUGCUGUAUUCUUUUAGUGUUAGAUUUGGUUAAAACUCAUAAUGCAAACUAUAAUUGUAUCUUAAUUGAAUCUAAAAGUUUUUUCAUGCUCACAAAAGCAUAUAUAACAAAGUACAUAACAAAGUAUAUA